AUGAAAGUUUUUAGUAUUCUAGCCAUCACAAGUUGCUUAUUACAAGCAUGUUCAGCAGGCAUAUGGGGAUCCAACAAAAAAGAUCCCAUUCAAGCAGAAGAGAAUUUACCUCUUGCACCUACCUUUAAAUUCGAUUAUAAGCUUUCCUUUAAAAAGAAUUUUUAUUACAAUGAAACCGUUCCCUUCUGGACAACAGGAGGAGACGUUCUCAAGUCCGAUGACUUUAUUCGACUUUCACCUUCUGUUCCCAACACCAAAGGUUAUAUCUGGUCGGAUAUCCCUAACCCUUAUGAGUCAUGGGAAGUAGAGGUAGCAUUCAAAGUGUCUGGUAAUAGUAUGCAUGGUGGACGAGGUUUAGCCUUUUGGUAUGCCAAAGAGAACCAUGAACCCGGACCUGUAUUUGGUGCUAAAGAUAAAUGGGAUGGUCUUAGUGUUUGGCUUGAUUCUGCAAACCCUGUGACGCAUAAACCUACGACCAUGGUCUUGUUAAAUGACGGCACUUUAGCUUUUGCUGCUGGUACAGAUCCUACAAAGCAUACACUGGGUACAUGUUCUAUCAGUUAUAGAAAUUCAGAGAACCCUGCUUAUCUUCGGGUCUCUUACAAGGACACCACAUUAACCGUGUCUAUGGAUAAUGGAUCGGGUGGUAAAGAUUAUCGUACUUGUGUACAGAAAUCAGGCAUCAAGUUACCCACUGGGUACUACUUUGGUAUCUCUGCUGCUUCUCAUUCACCUGCUGAUGAUCAUGAUAUUAUUUCUUUUGAAACCAAACAAUUGAAUCCACCUCAAAAGCUCGAGCAUCCAAGCCGACCUUUGGAAGAUGAAAAGAAAAAGAGAGGCGAGGAAUUCACAGGUAUUGAUGAAGAGCAAAAAAAGGCAAUGGCUGUGAAUUUGGCCACGAUUUACGAUACGCAGCGUAGAGCCAUUGAGCAUAUCCAAAUUUUGCAAUUGCAGAUCGAAGCUUUAGGUGCACCCACGCCUGAGGAUGCCAUUGGUGGUAAUUAUAAGGUCCUUGAUCUCAGUAAAUUGAGUGCAGGCGCAGGUACAGCUGCAAACUCAGGUUCAGGACCAGAUGCUACGUAA